AUAUUUUUCCAGCAAAUGUUCCUUGAUAUUCGCAGUAUGACGAUCUGCGUUGUGGAUCAGCAUUUUAGUCUUAAUAAAAUACUUUUGCGUGCACUUGCCUUAUGGCCUUAUCAUCGCACGAAACUCGUUGAAUUACACCUGGUCUUGUUGUUUUUUAUUUUCAUUAGCUUCAUCUUAGUUCAAUUGACAACAUUUCUAACUACAGAAUGCACCCCUAAUAUGAGAAUUAGAAUUUUCUCCUUUGUAUUGUAUUUUACUAUAUAUCUAAUAAAGUACAGUUGCUUCUGCAUUAAUAGUGAUACUAUAAGAUGUUUAUUAGACAAAUUUCAAUAUAUAUGUGAUGAGCUAAAAGACGAAGGCGAAAUCGCUAUCAUAAAAGAAUAUGGGAACGAGGCAAAACGUUUUACACUUAUUAUGUCAGUAUACAGCAUAUCCAACGCACUUAUUCUGUGUCUUCUACCAAUUGUCCCGCGAAUUCUUGGUAUUUUUACGUCCAUAAAUGUGUCUGAAGAAUAUUUUAUGAUACAUGUUCCGAGAGAAUACUUUAUCGAUCAAGAGAAGUAUUACUAUUAUAUUUUGCUGCAUAUGGAAGCAAACUUCUUUAUAGGAGCAAUUGUAUUAUUAGCAACAGGAACAAUGCUAUUUGGCUGUAUCAAAUAUAUAUGUGGAUUAUUUAGAAUCGCCAGUUGUCGUAUUGAUCAAACAAUGGAAACUUCGAUGUUUCAAAGUGCUGGUUUGUCGAAGGAUUGUGUAAUUUAUAAAAAGAUUGUACACGCCAUAGACAUUUAUCGCAAAGCAGUAGAGUUAGUAUUAAUUAUAUCGGCGCAAUUAUGUGAUAUAAUAAAAUCCAAUCUCGUGGGAUCAUGUUUUUCACUAAUGUUAGUUGGUGUUAUUUCCUUAAGUCUCAAUCUUUAUGGACUUCACCAGGCUUUGAUGCUUGUAAGUGCGACGGAGGAAUGUUUAAUGUAUGUUACACUUACAGUUGUCAUUCUAAUAUAUAUGUUCAUAGCCAGUUACAUCGGACAAGAAGUUUCAGAUCACCAUAAUCAUGUAUUUAUAAGCGUAUACAACAUUAAGUGGUACGUAACUCCUUUAUAUAUACAAAGGAUAAUUUUGUUCCUGUUGCAAAAAGGCACUAAAAAUUUUUAUAUUACUUUUGGUGGGCAGUUUGUGAUGUCUAUGGAAAGUGCGACCACGGUAAAAUUAUGUCAUAUCAUGUCAUGUUAUAAAAUUACAUCAAAUUAUAAUUUUCCGCGAGGUGUAACCUUAUCUGCAUAAUUACCUUUCAAAGCAGCAUGUCCUUUACAGUGGAAUAAAACAAUGCAAAAUAUGUUUCAGAUGUUAAGCACUUCCAUAUCGUAUUUCACCAUUAUCUAUUCUACACAGCAAGAUACAUGACAUAACUAAAUAACUUAAAUUAGUUUAUGGCUUCUAGAGAAAAGCCAUAGCUUCUAGAGAGAAAACAUGAGUAGAUUCUGUAUAUCAGAGAUUUCGUAGUCGAAUACUUAUUUUCGCAAAGAGAUGAAAUUUAUUGUGAAAAAAAAUUGCUCAAAGCAGCAAAUCAUCAUAAUAUUUUCCUGUGUUUACAGGAACCUGAUAAUAAUUACGUAAAUAAAUUCAACAAUAUCUAAGUACAUAUGUUACGUUUUAUCCUGUAUUCUAUAUUUUUUCUGUGUUUUAUGUUUCAAAGCAUAUUUUGUAGUUCCAGUAAAAGUUCGAAAUACAAAACGAACGAUGUAGCACUUUCCGAGAAUGGAAACGUAUUUCAAAAAAACUUGGUUUGGAGUAAAACCGAGGCUACAAUGUAGUCAAUAUAAAUCAUAUGCAUUUGCAUGUGUUCAAUUGAAAUGUGUUCAAGACAUCAUACUAUGAUUCUUCACCAGAGGAAAAUAAAUAUCCAGUGAAUUGUUUUCUUUAUCGAUCGCAUAAUAGGCGAUUUCUAUUCCAGUUAUUGUCACUAAAUUUUUGCGAUUGUGCGAUGACAUCAUGACCAUUUGCUUUGUAUAUACUUAUGUAAAAUUGAGUAAUUAAAAAUAUUACGCUUACAUGA